AUGGACAUGAUGCUGGAAUUGAAUAAGUACCUUAACGACAGUGCGGUGGAGCGACCCUGGACGGAGGUGGAGAGAUGGGUGUUGGUGACAGUGUUGGGGCUGGAAAUGGUGAUGGGGGUGGUGGGCAACUGCCUUGUCCUGCUCAUCAAAGUCAUGUGCAGUAAGCAGUACUCUUGUCGCUACUGGGUUCCCUUCCUGAGUCUCACCCUGUCGGACCUAGGUAUGGUAGUAACACUGUCUCCUCCAGGUUCCUCUGCGCUCAUCAUGUCUGGCUCCCUGCUGGCCAUGCUGACCGGCGGUCAGACAUCUCCUUGGUGUGAGGUGGUCAGCCUGUUAAAGUUUGCUUUCAUUACCUCCUCUAUUGGAAGCAUAGCCAUCCUGUGUGUGCAGCGCUUGAUGGGCAUGCCACCUAGGGGCACCGUCUUGUUCGUGGUUCUGGUGCUGACCUGCUUGGCCUCCUGGGUGUCAGGCGUGGUGUUUGGGACUGUCCCUGUGGUCUACACCUGGAUCAAGUACGACCCCGCUGAGAUGCUGUGUGCAGUGUUCUGGGAGACCAGCUACUCAGACAUGAUGGUGUACAUCCUGUGUGCCUUCUCCGUCUGCAUCUUCCUCCCCGUGCUCCUCAUCUUCUUGGGCUCUUUGAUGACCGCAGCCGGCCUCGUGCCGCGGUGGAACACCUACAACGAGGAGGACGACAUGUCGUUAGUCACGCCACUGCUGGUGGCCUUCUACCUGCUCUGCUACACACCCUUCGUCGUGUCCGAGCUGAUUCUCCUGGGCAAGCAGGAUCUGUCCCCGGCUCCUUAUUGGCUGAGGACCUUGUCAUCGGUCAUGUCCUACCUGGACUGUGGGCUGAACCCACUCAUCUACUGCUCUCACCGAGACUUUAGGGAGGCGGGCCUAUCCCUGCUGUGGACCAGUAGAAAGUCCUUCUCAGAUCCCAUUCUCACAGGCAUAACACAGUUAAACCUAUAGGACAUGGCCAAGAAUAUCACCAAACCAAGAAUUUGCAUUAGCUCACAUCUGCCAAUGUAA